GGUGUCAAAGACAUCCUCCAGAAUUUAACAAAAAAGGAACGGAAACAAUUCCAUAGAUGGAGAAUACAUAGAGAAAUUGAUUUGUAAUUUUCAUAUAUAAAGUUUUUUUUUAACUUGUGUCUAAAUUGUCUUUGAACUUUUUGAACCACAUGGUUUCUAUUACAUACACAUUGACUUUGUCCUGUCUUUCUGUCCCCUGUCUUACAGAAACCACUGUGCCUACGUCACAGAAAAGACUGUUUCCUUCACUGUUCAGGAUGGAGCAGCUCCUUAUGUCAAAGCAGAGUACAACAAGUGUUCCUGGGGUCAGAAAUGUCCAGCUCUAAUGUAAGUGAAACUCAAAGCAAGGGUUAUGGUUUUAAAAAAAAAGACUUUGAUAGAAGCUUUAAAGACAAACCUGGAGAUGAACGAGUCAAACUAUAGGUUUGUCUUUUCCUUCCAGGUAUCGACUGAUGUACAAACCAAUCUACAAGGUCGCACAUAAAACUGUGACGGAGCUGGAAUGGCGCUGCUGUCCGGGGUAUUCUGGCUAUGGCUGCAUGGAGGGUCCACCAGUUUACCAACACCCAAUGAAAAUAAUGCCACCAUUCAAGGGCCCACCAAUGAAAGGCGUACAGUCUAAGGGGCCACCUUACAAAGGUCCCAUGUUCAAGGGACCCAUGUUUAAGGGACCACCCAUACACACUCCCAUGAAAGGAACCCCGUGGAGUCAACCCCAAGGACCGGCUCCGGGCGGUUUCAUCUCUAAUCCAAUGCCUCACUUUGGGCCUCCCAGCUCCUCCACCUCCUACCCAGAGAACUCCUUCGAGUCUUUUUCACCAGAGUCAGAGCCGGAACCAAUGCCAGAGCACCUGGAGCCACAUGACACAGAGGAGGACCACGAGCACCAGCUUCAGCCAAGUCAACAACCUGAGGAACAACUACUAGAAGAAACACCUGCUCCUUCCUCUGGAAGUGAACAGCCUGAGGCUGAAAACAUAAGUACGUUCAAAUUAAACAAUGACAUGAAAUGUAUUUAAUGUAUUUCCACGUAUUCCAAUUUAUAUAUAUUUAUUUUUAUAUAUUUUUAGGGCGAACUCUAGACCGCGAGACAGAAGAGCGGAUAUUUCGUA